ACAGUCUGAGCUGGCACGUAGACAAAGCAACACAACACAACGACGAUCAGCAACACAAUGCUCUUAGCGGAAUGGAAGUUCCAACUGUUGGCAAUGGCUUUGCUCUUGGGCAUGGUCAGUGGCCAGGAGGAUAACGAGAAGAGUCACUCGACCUCAAUUGCCGGCAUGGUGGAACUGCUGAAGCUGGAAGAUCAGCUCGUUGAGAAUCUCAGUCAAUAUGCCGAUGAGCUGGAGCAGAAAUUGCGAACAGUGCGGGGUUUUGUAACCGGCAUGCGCAGAGAAAACCAGCUUGCGCUCAAUCAAACCGAACACUAUUUGGCCAAUCCUUUGAAUGCUUUCUCACUCAUUCGACGCAUGCAACAGGAUUGGACACAUUGGCAGUAUUACAUGCAGCAAGAAGUGGGCUCAAAGCAGCUGAACUUUGUUAAAGAAAAACAACAGCUGUUGCCCACAAGCACAGAUCUCGAGGAGGCAGCUGCUUCCAUUUAUCGCAUACACUCCACGUAUGAUAUGAAAGUCUCGGACAUAGUAAAAGGGCUGCUCAAUGGCAAACAAUAUGCUGUCAGCUUAAAUGCUUUGGACUCCUAUGCCAUGGGCAAAUAUCUAUAUGAUCAGCAGAACUUUGGCUAUGCUUGCCAAUGGAUAUUCCAAGCCAUCGAGUGGCUAAAAAAUGGCAAACACAAGUUGCCUCUUCCUUUGGCUUUGGAUCUCUCUGAAGUCUCACGGCUCUACGCAGAGUCACUGAUUCAAAUGAAUCGUUAUGCUGACGCUCUCAAUGUGAUCAAUUCUGCACUCAGUUUGAAAACUGAUAAAGUGAAACUGCUGCUGCGCAAAUCGGAAGUGGAGCACUUGAUAAGAACGCACCCCAAUGUAGCACCGAAGGCGUUUGUGAAGCCAGUAGUGGGAUCUUAUGAACAUGGAUGUCGUGGCCAUUUUCCAGUUAGAUCUCAGCUCCAUUGCGUUUAUAACAGCACAAAUUCGCCCUUCCUGCGUUUGGCGCCACUCAAAAUGGAGCUGGUUGGCUUAGAUCCUUAUAUGGUGCUCUAUCACGAUGUCAUCUCAGAUAAGGAAAUCAGCGAACUGCAAAGUUUGGCUGUGCCGAGUCUGAAACGUGCUACAGUCUUCCAACAGGCUACAGGUCGCAACACUGUGGUCAAAACACGCACUUCAAAAGUCACUUGGUUGGCAGAUGGUUUCAAUAAUUUAACUGGAGUGCUCAAUAGACGUGUCAUGGAUAUGACGGGCUUCAAUGUGGUGGGCUCUGAGAUGCUGCAGGUUAUGAAUUAUGGUCUUGGCGGACACUAUGACAAGCACUACGAUUACUUCAAUUCGAGUAUAGCUACAAAUCUGACCAAAAUGAAUGGUGAUCGCAUUGCUACAGUUCUGUUUUACCUGACGGACGUAGAACAAGGCGGUGCUACGGUUUUCCCUAAUAUUCAAAAGGCGGUAUUCCCGACCAAAGGUGCAGCGAUUAUCUGGUAUAAUCUGAAGCAUGACGGCGAGGGUGACCAAAGAACUUUGCAUGCAGCCUGUCCAGUUAUUGUCGGCUCGAAAUGGGUCUGCAAUAAAUGGGUUCGCGAACGUCAGCAAGCAUUUAGAAGACCAUGUCUCACAACGCAAAGAACAUUUCAACAAACUUUUACUCUAUCGAAAAAGCUAACCUCUGUAGCAAAUAGAAAUAUGCUAUUCUAUAAAAGAAUUCAUCAAUACUUAUUAAUAGCUUUACUGCUUUGUGUUGUCUAUGUUAACAAUGAGGAGCAAGAGAAAAGUCAUUCAAACUCAGUGGCAGGCAUGGAGAAGUUAUUGGAACUGGAAUCUCAGUUUAUUGAAGGUUUCAAUAACUACGCGAAUGAAAUGCAGGCAAAGUUGAGUUUAGUGCGCAGUUUUGUGACAGCAAUGCAAACAGAACAAGCAAAAGCUGCACAAAAUAGAGAGCAUUAUUUAUCCAACCCAUUAAAUGCGUUCGCUUUGAUAAGACGCAUGCAUCGAGAUUGGAUUGAGUGGAAAGAUUUCAUAGAAGAACCCAUGGGUUGGGCGCAAGCAGACUUAAUUAAUGAGCACAAAGAUCAGCUGCCAAGUAAAACUGAUCUAGAGGAUGCUUGUGUGGCUAUGAAGCGUCUAAAAGAUGUCUACGAUUUAAAGACAAGAGAUAUGGCUAAUGGACUUCUCAACGACAUGCAGUACAAUGUCAGCCUAAAUGCUUUGGACACCUAUGAGCUGGGUUCAUAUUUUCACAAUCACCAAGAUACUCAGCUUGCCAGAGAAUGGUUUAGCGAGUGCAGCAACAUGCUGCUAGAUGGAGAAAUCUUGCAUCCCAUUACAUUGGAUGAAUCGAACAUGUUGUUUAUAUUUGCCAGUACCCUAGUCAAAAUGAAGUAUUGUUCUGUUGCUCGUCCUCUAAUCGAGCUUGCCAUGAAGUUGGAAAAUGAGAAGAACACCCAGAAAAUCUUAAAUUUGCGUGGGGAGAUUGAAAGACUCAGUCCCAAUGAGACUUUUGCUGAAGUGAUUGCUGAAAAUUUAACAAGUCUGUAUCAAAAAGGUUGUCGAGGUCAAUUUGCAACACAAUCAAAACUCUAUUGCCAAUACAAGUUCAGUCCCGCCCCUUUUCUUCGCCUGGCUCCACUCAAAAUGGAGCUGAGGCUCUUGGAUCCUCUCAUUAUUGUUUACUAUGAUGUGUUAUCUGCUGCUGAGAUCAAACAGCUUCAAUCUUAUGCGCGUCCGCUGCUAGAGGUCGCCAAAGUCUAUGAAGAUGGCAAGACUGUCUUUCAGCAAGUGCGCACCUCAAAGGGAAUAUGGCUGGAUAGGAAUUAUAGCAACUGGUCAAGAACAAUUGGCAGACGCAUUGAAGACAUGACGGACUUGACUUUAAGUGACUCAGCUGCAAUGCAAAUACUCAACUAUGGCCUGGGAGGUCAUUAUGCUGCACACUACGAUUACUUUGAUUUUGUAAAGGAAAAUAAGCCAAUUAGUGAGAUUAAUGAUCGCAUUGCAACAGUGCUAUUCUAUCUUACUCAAGUGGAUCAGGGAGGCGCCACAGUAUUUCCUAGGCUAGAACAAUCCUUUAGUCCUCAGCCUGGCAUGGCUGUCUUCUGGCUGAAUUUACACGAUGAUGGAACUCCAAACAAUCAAACUUUGCACGGCGCGUGUCCUGUUUUGGUGGGCAGCAAAUGGGUAAUGACUCAAUGGAUAGAGGAACGUUCACAGAUCUAUACAAGACCUUGUCUAAAGCGCUGAUCAUCAAUUUUAAUUGAAAACAAAUAACAGUAGUUGGAGUGAUGUUAACAAUUCAAUUAUGCAGACAACUCUUGAACUCUCAAUAAACAAGUCGAUUAGUUUGAAAUUGACACAACCCUUAGCCUCCUAUAUAUAUAU